AUGCCACAGGGAUCCACUGCAGCAGGAGGCAUGGCCAUCGCAUCAACUGAGGAGAGCAAACCUGCGGGCCAUGGGGGGCGCGUGGAGGAUGUGGAGGGAGCAGGUGGGGAUAACAGAGGAGCCGUGGCGGUGGGCGGGUCAGGCAGCGUGAAGGAGCUCAUCUGCGCCAUGCCACGCCUGCAGCAUCUCAUGGUGAGCCCUGUAGCCAUGCGACGCCUGCAGCAUCUCAUGGUGAGCCCUGUAGCGUUCAUCAAUUUUGGGGCCUGUACUGCGCGUGUGGAGCUCCCUCUCACCAGCUCAUAUGCUUCCCUUCCGCUUCCUCUCCCUCUGCCCCUCUCCUUUCUUUCCGCCACUCUCCUUUCUCUGUGCCCCUCUCCCUCCUUUCCUAACCGCUCCUCUUCUUUCUCUCCACCCCUCUCCUUUCUCUCCACCCCUCUCCUUUCUCUCCCCCCCUUUCCUUUCUCUCCCCCCCCUUCUCCUUUCUCUCCCCCCCUCUCUUUUCUCUCCUCCCAUGUCCUUCCCCACCGCCCCUCUCCACAGGUCCCAGAGCCCCUCCACGCCCACCUCGCAGCAGGCCUCCCGGCAGCCAUCGUUGUGCACCCUCUCAGCACCGGCGUGUAG